UUUUCCAUUUUUACAUACUUCUGGCUUUUGUUUCUGAAGAACUUGUGCGGCCUUCGGGGCCUCGUAGAGAAGCCCUUCCUCGGCCCCGGAGACCUGCCGCUGGCGUGUCGCCUACUUCUAGCCUCGUUUGUUCUCGCCGCGGAGCCUUGAUCUUUUUUACUUGACGACAGCAUUAAUCCAUCGGGGCUGGAGGAGAGGGGGGGCGUAAAAAGGCCUCAAAGCACCCCAAAAACAUUACUACUCCCCUGACUGGCCCAAACAUCGCGAGAUCUGCCUGCGCGAACAGCGGACGGCCCCCUCACCCUCCGGGCGUUUGCUCAUGCGCUUGACUGAUCGUUUUUAGCGCGAAAACAUUUAGAAACGUUUUGGCUGGUAAUAGUCAACCAAAUUUGACCCUCGAGAAAGGUCGGAGGAUAAUUCACGCGGACGCGAUGGAUUCGAGCACACAACACUACAUUCUUCGAGAUUUUGCAGUCACAACUCCACAUGCUUAUACGGUCGUCACUCCUUUCCGUUGCUCUGUUUCGGCCGUGAACUCUGGUAUGUGGGACACCUGCGCAAGCACUGGAGUUUGCCCUGCAGCGUCUGAAAGAACUAAGAGGGAAAAAAUGAAUAUGGUUUUUGCUCACAGAAUGGAUAACAGCAAGCCGCCUUUGGUUGUUCCUACACUUCUGGUGCCCCUCCAAAACCACAGCUGCACAGAAACGGCCUCCCCUCUGCUGAGCCGAGACCUGACGGAGCUCUACGAGGAGCACGGCUGGAGGAGCAACGGAACAGACGUGCGCGACAGACCGAACCCCGGGGAAGUGGCCACAGCCAGCAUUUUCUUUGGGGCCCUGUGGUUGUUUUCUAUCUUUGGCAAUUCCCUGGUGUGUUUGGUCAUCCACCGGAGCAGGAGGACUCAGUCCACCACCAACUACUUCGUGGUGUCCCUGGCGUGUGCCGACCUGCUCAUCAGCGUGGCCGGCAUGCCUUUCGUCCUGCUGCAGUUCACCACCGGCCGGUGGGCCCUGGGCAGCGCCACGUGCAAGGCCGUGCGCUACUUUCAGUAUCUCACCCCGGGCGUCCAGGUCUACGUUCUCCUCUCCAUCUGCAUAGACCGGUUCUACACCAUCGUCUACCCUCUGAGCUUCAAGGUGUCCAGAGAAAAAGCCAAGAAGAUGAUUGCAGCGUCCUGGAUCUUUGAGGCGGCCUUUGUGACCCCCGUGUUCUUUUUCUAUGGCUCCAACUGGGACAGUCAUUGUAACUAUUUCCUCCCCUCCUCUUGGGAAGGAACUGCCUAUACCGUCAUCCAUUUCUUGGUGAGCUUUGUGAUUCCAUCCGUCCUCAUAAUCUUAUUUUACCAGAAGGUCAUAAAAUACAUUUGGAAAAUCGGCACCGAUGGUCGAACAGUGAGGCGGACGAUGAACAUCGUCCCGAGGACAAAAGUGAAAACUAUCAAGAUGUUCCUCAUUUUAAAUCUUCUGUUUUUGCUCUCCUGGCUGCCCUUUCAUGUUGCUCAGCUGUGGCACCCCCAUGAACGAGACUAUAAGAAAAGUUCCCUUGUUUUUACAGCUAUCACAUGGAUAUCCUUUAGUUCCUCAGCCUCUAAACCUACUCUGUAUUCCAUUUAUAAUGCCAAUUUUAGGAGAGGAAUGAAAGAGACUUUCUGCAUGUCCUCGAUGAAGUGUUACCGAAGCAAUGCCUACACUAUCACAACCAGUUCAAGGAUGGCCAAAAAAAACUAUGUUGGCGUCUCAGAAAUCCUCCCCACGGCCAAAGCUGUAGCCAAAGACUCAAGCUAUGGUUCAUUUGACAGGGAAGCCAAGGAAAAAAAGCUUGCUUGGCCCAUUAAUUCAAAUCCGCCCAAUACUUUUGUCUGAUUUCUCAGAAUUCUUUCAAUUACUGUUAUGUACCAGAGAUUAAAACGUUUAACUGUAAAAACAGAAGCUAUUUAUAUAUAUUUUUCGAUCAACUUUCUGAGGGAAAUGUUUGAUUUUGUAAAAUGCACUCACUAUUGAUUUUAGUUUUCGUGUUUUUUAUUUUAGUUGCUUUUUGUUUUCGAGGAAGCUUUCACCUUGAGCUUAUGGUCAACAGUCCCUUUACUAUAUGAGUUACAUGCAUUAAAAAAAAGAAUGCUUUCCUACUUUUUAUUUACCAUUAGGUCCAAAAAGCAUAAGCCAUAUACACAGUCUUUGAUUAAUGAUUCAACCUGGUUUUAUUGUUUCCUUUUUCUCCUCCCUACUGAAAUUUUGUUAACUAUGGGCUUCUGUUCCAAAUGAAAUCUCCUGUGUGACACAUUUCAGAGACUUGAAUUUCUCUACUAAGCAACAUUUAGAAAGUGUUAAUAUUGUAUAUGUUUUUACAUUACCUUCUGUCCGGAUCUGUUCUGGAGAGCACUCCAUAUAUUGGAAUAUACUGGAACUUGCUGGGUAGUCUUCUGUGAUCGAAUUAUAAUCAGGAUUCUUAGGGAAAGAAAGCUUAUAGAGUUGCCUAAUUUUGGUCUCUGUCUCUUUUUCUCUCUCUCUUUCAUUCUCCCUUAACCUAACCAGCUGAUGAUGCCUUGAAACAUUUGAAGCGGCCGUGCUGUUUUCCUCACAUCUGUGUCCCAUCUAGGCUGUGUCCAGGAUGUUUACGUCUCUUCUGAGUUAAACUCAAGAAAAUGAGCAGGGACCCUGGCUGGGCAAGCCCAGAAAAUGCCAAAGGGAGAAGUGCAGAUGGGAUCUCCCUGCGCUCUGCAGUUCAGGCAGACACCUUUGGCUGCCCGACGCUGCCCCUAUACCCUAGGACAGCAAGGGCAAGGAGCACUUUCUUCUUUCUCCUGGACACUCAGGCAUGAGGCCGUUUCUCCAGCCAGCACUUCCUGCCCCUCCUCUCUCUCCAGGAUGUAUCGUCGUACCCUCACCAAGCUCAGACUCUUCUUUGGCUGUGGUAACUCGAGAUUUUCUUCUCUGGUUGCCAGGUCUCCGUUAUUUCAAAUCUAGGACUAGCACAUUUUAAAGAU